AUGAAUGCCAAUGUUACAACAGAGUACUUGGCUGAGAGAUAUGUGGAAGAGUGGAGAAACAACCCUAGUUGGAAGAUAAACAACUUUAGGGAUAGGGUUUUGAGUGACUUGGGCAUUAAGAUUGGGUACUACAAGGCAUGGUUAGCCAGGGGUAGGGCUAAAUUCAUGAUAUAUGGCUCUGCUUCUGAACAGUAUGCCAGAGUUUGGGAUUAUGGGAAGGCAGUGCAGAAAUAUAGCCCAGGGACUGUAGUGAAUGUGGUGGUUGAUGGAUUGGAUAGGCCAGAGCCACCACUAUUCUUGAGGAUGUAUGUGUGCCUUUCCCCACUGGUAAGGGGUUUCUUAAAAGGCUGUAGGCCUUUAAUAGGGGUGGAUGGAUGCCAUUUGAAGGGCUCCUACCCUGGUCAGAUUCUGGUGGCAGUGGGAAAGGAUGGGAACAACAGCAUCUACCCCUUUGCAUGGGCUACUGUAGAGGUGGAGAACAAAGAAACUUGGUGCUGGUUCUUGGAGUGUUUGAAGAAAAGUUUGGAUGACUUGGCAAUGGGAGGUGGCUUCACUUACAUGUCAGAUAGGCAGAAGGGCCUUCUUGAGGCAUUUGAGGAGGUGGUGCCCUUUGCUGAGAAGAGGUUUUAUGUGAGACACAUAUGGGCAAACUUCAAAUUACAGUUCAGAGGUAUGUUAGCUAAUAUAUGCCCUGUUCUAUUUGUAUGCUCAGUUUAUGUGUUAUUUGUUUGCUCAGUUUGUGAGGUCAUUAUGAAUGCUCAUUUUGUCAUUAAAGCUGAUUUUGAAAUUGCAAUGGAAUCCAUAAGGUUCCUUAGUGAGGAUGUCUAUGAAUAUCUUGACAACAUCCCUGCUCAACAUUGGUCUAGGCAUGCCUUUUCAACUAAUUGCAAAUCUAAUAUGCUAUUGAAUAAUAUGUGUGAAACCUUCAAUGCUUGCAUUAGAGAAGCUAGGGACAAACCUAUCCUAACCCAAAUGGAAUGGUUAAGGAGGUAUGCAAUGAAAAGACACAAUGACAAGUGGGAGGGUGUGAAAAAAAUUCAAGGAAAAGUCAUGCCUUAUGUGACUAAACUGUAUGAGAGAAUGGAGAGGGUGGCUAGGCACUGCAUAAUGCAGGUCUCUAGGGAUGACACUUAUGAGGUCAACCUCAAUUCAGACCAAGUAACUGUUGACCUUCAAAAUAGGACAUGCACAUGCUACCACUGGCAAUUAACUGACCUCCCUUGUGUGCAUGGAUUUUCUUGUAUAUUAGACAAGAGAAGUGAUCCAGAAGAGUAUGUGGACCACUAUUAUACAAGGGAGAGAUAUUUAGAGGCAUAUGACUUGCCAGUACAGCCUAUGUCAGGUCCCAAACACUGGGAAAAGAUUCAACUAAGGGAGCCACUGCCACCACCUGUGAGAGUCAUGCCUGGAAGACCUAAAUCCAAAAAGAGAAAGAAGGAAAAGGGAGAGGGUGUAGCAGAUGCUGCUGAGGGUACUUCACAAAAAAGGCAGAAGAGAUGCCAAAAAUGUGCUCAAUUUGGACACUAUGCAAAAACUUGCUCCAAUAUGCCUGCAGAAGUGAAAGAGCCUUCUUCCAAGCCUAACUCUAUGGGAAAACCUGCUGUAAACACACCAUGGGUGGUAGAACAGAGGAGAAUCAAAGCUGCAAGAGCUUUAAACAAGACUACUCCUGGAGCAUCAGCAGGACCUAACAGCAUUGCCAAUAAGAAGUUCCCACAAGAAGAGGCUAAGAAGAAGGUUGCUACCGCAGCAAAAGCUUCCUCAACAGUUGCUGCAGCAGCAGCAUCUCAAGGAGCAGGAGCUGCUGCAUCUCAAGGACCAAAGGCAUCCUCAAAAACUGCUGCAGCAAAAGCAUCUCAAGGAGCAUCAGCACCCUCACAAGCAGCACCUUCUCAAAGGCCUAAUACAAGGUCAAGGCAGAGUGCAGGAGCUGAGCCAUACCUCUGCAGCCAAGCAUCAACCACAACAACAGCAAAAAAUACUACAGCAACAAGGCCAAACAAGAAAAAAAAUUAA